CACUGAUACAUUUCCAUUACUUGACUCCUCUUCCUUUCAGCAGACUGUUAAGCUAAUUGCACUCCAGUUUAGAAGCAAAUCAUUUCAGCACUUCUCUAACAUUAUUGAGUUGAAAAGGCACUCUAUACCACGAAAGUAUUGAGGCUGUGAAAGAAUGCCAACAACUGAGGGCACAUUGUUCAUUUUGCUGCUGAUUAGUCUGCAGUUGGCCAGAAAUCACAGUGAAGAUGCAGUGAAUCCCACAUCUUCAAGAAGCAGUGUAAGCAGCACUCCUAUGAGUCCAACUAUAUUCAAUGUGACCUCUGAUAGAACUUCUACAGAACCUAGAAAUAUCAGUGCUAGUCCAAAUGAGAGUACUGUAACAGAAAGCAAUACUUCAAGCAACAAGACCACCUCAACUCUGACUCCAACAACAUCUCUUCACAGUUUGUUCUUACCAACAAGACAUCCACUAACUUUUACUACAAAAGAUGUAAAGCAUAGAAUAUCCUCUUCAGGGAUGCCUGCAAAUACUUCUAGAAGUUAUGAAGCCACCACUUACUUCAAGACAUUUGAAACUGAAUCAAACAGUGUCACCACAAUCACUCCUAAUAUCAGUUUCACAACCAGGGUUUCCCAUAACACAACUCGAGUAGAUGGUUCAACAUUUCGUCCCACUAAAAAUCUAUCAAAUACAACACCUGUGUUGCUAACUACUAAGAGUAGUGCUGUUACAACUGAAUUAUCAACAACAGCAAAUCUGCUUCCCAAAGCAACUGCUGGCUCUACAGGAGCAAGAGAAGCCCCGAAAGAAAGUCAUAGUAAUGGAGGGGUAAUAUUUGGAACAAUUGUAGGAGCACUGUUAGGAUCUGCACUGAUUGGCCUGGUUGGAUAUUUAAUCUGUGGUAAAAGAAAAUCUGAAUCGUUCGGACAUCAGCGACUUUAUGAUGACACAAGAAAUGAUCCAGUUCUGCGACUAGAUGCUAUACCUGAACCUUUCAAUGCAAACUUUGGAGAUCUAUCCUACUACAAUCCCAUGGCAGCCAAUGAGAACCCCGUCCAGAACCACAAAGAAACAUCAUACAAUGCAAUCCCAAUGGAUGACAUGACAUCAUCACAGCCUUCAGCAGAAAUGCAUAAAGCCAGAUGUUAGAAUUAAGAACAUAUAGAUCUUGUUCCUUCUUGUGGCCCUAUAACAUUUGAAUGUGUGUAAGAAGUGAUGAUUGCAGGUCAUGUCAUACUCUUUUUACCAUUCUUUUGCAUAUGUGAGUGCAUGUAUAUAUGCCAUCCCAUUAGAAGAAAUGCUGGCAGACUCAAAAGUAUGAGUAGACUUCUAAGAACACUGGAUCCUUGAUCUGAAGUAACCUUUCUUUCUUUCUUUUUUAUCGGUAAUGGUUUAUUGAUGGACAUUUGGUGCCUCUGCUGUUACCUACCAAGUGCUAAUACUACACAUGUGACUUACAAAUGUAAGUUCUGGUCCAUUUGUAUUAUUUUAGACAUCCAUGCUAUGAAUUAAACAAAAACAAUCCAAACUAUAUAAAAAUGUUUGCAUAAUUUUCUUUUAAACCCAAAUAGUUUUUAAAAAGUUAUUAAUCAUGAUGGAAAAAUAAAGGAUCAUUUACAAUCAAUAUGCUUCAGACUGAGAAAUGCUGAACUUUUCUGCUUGAUAAUAUCCCCAAAAUAUGUGCUAAUGUCUACUGAAAAUAUGACAUUGGACAAAAGGGAUUUUUCACCCUUUUAAAGAAGAGCAAUUUUUCAACAAUUCAGCCUCUAAAUGAAAUAAGACAAAUAUCACAACAUUAGUGAUAAUAUACAGUCUAGUAAAUCCCCUUCAUCCUUCCAAAUACUAAUUCUAAUGGCAUUCAGAACUGAGCAUUUUUCUCAAGGAACUGACUGUUUAAUACUGAGCAGGUAAACUGUUUUCAUGGCACUGCUUAAAUUCAGCGGCAAAAAUAAUAAAUUUUGGCAAUGUUGCUCU